AUGAGCAGCGUUACCUGGCGCAACGUUUUCACGUACAACAAGUACACCCAAAUCGCCGCGCGGGCUGUCCGCCAAUCGCUGAAGGAGAGCGAGCGUGUUACAGCCGAAAAGCGAGGGCUCACGGCCCUUAGAUAUCAGCAGUGGGAGAAUGGCCAGGGUGGCCAGCAGGUGCAUUUGAACCCGCCCCAGGAGAAGUAA